AUGGUCCUCUGCGAAAGGCUCGUACCAUUCCUGUACAACAAGAGUCUGCACCGCAAACCUGGUUGCAACCACAAUUUUGACCACUCGGAUUCAGGACCUCAGGACCGACAUCCAUCGCCGCCAUACUCGAACCGCGGCUCUGCGCUGGUCGCCAGCGCAUCAAGAGGCUCCGGCCAGUAUCGAGUCAUAGCUGCACCGCCGCCCGCUGCCUGCUUGUGUGAAACCCAAGGUGGUGGUGAGAUAGGUGAACAGGGCCAUGCUCAAGUCCGCGUCGCCAGGAAAGCAAAAGAAAACGUCGCAAGGCACAGCAAGUAUGAGUCUUGGAUGGACGGGUCGUUCUAA